GAGCGCAGAUCAUUACCCUACCUUACCCCUACCAUAUAAGGAGAGGCAGCUGCCAGGGGCGUCCCUAGGAUCUAAAGAUAGAGGCCCUUGUCUGGGACUCCAAAAGCCACAGGGCAGCUGGAGCCACCAUGGAACGGCAGCAUGCCCGGACCCUGUGGUACGACAGACCCAAAUAUGUUUUCAUGGAGUUUUGUGUUGAGGACAGCACCGACGUGAGUGUGCUCAUUGAGGAUCACCGCAUUGUGUUCAGCUGCAGGAAUGGCGAUGGAGUGGAACUGUACAACGAGAUUGAGUUCUAUGCCAAGGUGAACUCCAAGGACUCCCAGGAUAAGCGCUCUGGUCGCUCUAUUACUUGCUUUGUGAGGAAAUGGAAGGAGAAGGUGGCUUGGCCACGGCUCACCAAGGAAGAUAUCAAGCCCGUGUGGCUCUCUGUGGACUUUGACAACUGGAGAGACUGGGAAGGAGACGAGGAGGUGGAACUGACCCAGGUGGAGCAUUAUGCAGAGCUUUUGAACAAGGUCAGCACUAAGAGACCUCCCCCUGCCAUGGAUGAUCUGGAUAAACGCCUAAGAAAGUUUGUCCCAGGCCGCUCUCCGUACUCCUGCCCCGCAUUUCUGCCCUCGAGAGUUUCCAGGGCCUUGGAGACCGCAAUGGCGUUCCUGUGUCAGCGCGAUAGCUACGCCCGGGAGUUCACCACCACCGUGGUUUCCUGCAGCCCGGCCGAGCUGCAGACGGACGCGAGCGGCGGCAAAAAAGAAGUGCUGAGCGGUUUCCAAGUGGUUCUGGAAGAUACGCUGCUUUUCCCCGAGGGCGGGGGCCAGCCUGAUGACCGUGGAACCAUCAAUGACAUCUCUGUGCUGAGAGUGACUCGUCGUGGGGCGCAGGCUGACCAUUUCACCCAGACACCUCUGUCCCCCGGGAGCCAGGUCCAGGUCCGGGUGGACUGGGAGAGGAGGUUUGACCACAUGCAGCAGCAUUCAGGGCAACAUCUCAUCACCGCCGUAGCUGACCAUCUCUUUGGGUUGAAGACAACGUCGUGGGAGUUAGGGAGACUCCGGAGUGUGAUUGAAUUGGACAGCCCUUCUGUGACCUCGGAGCAGGUAGCUGCCAUUGAACAAAGUGUCAAUCAGAAAAUCAGAGAUCGACUGCCUGUGAGUGUGCGAGAACUGAGCCUGGAUGACCCUGAGGUGGAGCAGGUGAGGGGCCGGGGUCUGCCAGAUGAUCAUGCUGGGCCCAUUAGAGUUGUUACCAUUGAGGGUGUUGAUUCCAACAUGUGCUGUGGGACCCAUGUGAGCAAUCUCAGCGACCUUCAGGUCAUUAAGAUUCUGGGCACCGAGAAAGGGAAAAAGAACAAAAGCAACCUGAUAUUUGUGGCUGGGAACCGGGUCCUGAAGUGGAUGGAACGAAGUCAUGGGAGUGAAAAAGCCCUGACCACACUACUUAAAUGUGGAGCGGAGGAUCACGUGGAAGCAGUGAAAAAGCUCCAGAGUGCCACCAAGCUCCUGCAGAAGAACAACCUGAAUCUCCUCAGAGACCUGGCUGUGCACACUGCGCACAGCCUCAGGAGCAGCCCAGACUGGGGCAGUGUGGUCACUCUACACAGGAAAGAGGGCGACUCUGAGUUCAUGAAUAUCAUCGCCAAUGAGAUUGGGUCAGAGGAGACCCUCCUGUUCUUGACUGUGGGGGAUGAGAAGGGUGCUGGGCUCUUCUUACUGGCAGGGCCAGCGGAGGCCGUGGAGACCCUGGGACCCAGGGUGGCUGAGGUCUUAGAAGGCAAAGGAGCAGGGAAGAAAGGCCGCUUCCAGGGCAAGGCCACCAAGAUGAGCCGGCGAGCAGAGGCGCAGGCGCUUCUGCAGGACUAUGCUAGCACGCAGAGUGCUGAGGAGUAGUGAGGGCCAGUAUGCCCAUCAUGUGACCACAACAGUCUUUUGGACAAUAAAAUAGCGUGACUCAAAA